CCUCUAUAGGGCGUGUAAGUGAAUCCUGCGCAUCGCGAGAUUUCGUGACUUCCGGUGACAAACAAAGUUUUCAGCAAUGGCGCUCUCCAUUAUGUACUGGGUGAAUUACACUUCAGACAGGCCAAAAUUGAUUCGCAAGUCCGAAAAUUCUGUGAGCUGCGAUCGGGUACUUAGGUUUUUUAUAUGACCCAGAGCUUGGACACAUAGAAGGCCAUGUUCAAGCGUCAAUGAAGGACAAAUCCUACCGAGUGCAGAUUGAACUAAAUGACCUCUAUGGGACGGACGUGACCAGGUGUGAUUGUCCAAUGGGUAAUUUCUAUUGCCACCAUGUCGCCGCUGUUCUCCUGUUUGGUUACAAGCGUGCAAGCAAGACAGAUGUUAAGUGCAGCUGGCUGAAAAAACCAAAGUCUAAGAUGAGGGCUGACACUGCAACUAUGGAGGACCUGUUUCCUCCAAGAAAACCAGGAUACAGAGCACUAAAUAGAGAGGUUACUCAAGAAGAUCGAGACCAGUUAUGUAGUGAACUGGAGAAGCUUGGAAGAUUUACUGGUUAUUAGUCUCCUCAAAUUUGUGUUGUGUUAUAUUACUGUUUGAUGUUUCUCCUUUUAUUCUGAUGUUAUAAUAUUUUUUAAUUGUGAAUGAAUUUUACCUGUUGUUUUUCUUAUUUGUUCUUAUCACUUUCAUGUUAGAAUUGGGAAAGAUUUCUUCAUGUUUUUUGCUGUUGUUUUUGCUUCAAAUCAAAGACCACAAUUAUUUAAUGUAACAACUGAGUUUUGUUUGGAGAUAAUUGAAAGGAGC